GCGGGAAAGCGGCUGAGGACCCCCAGGAGUAGCUCGAUGUUUUGGGGAGCGGCUUGCUCAAGAAGAAGACGCUGGUGCCGGGCCAGGGGGUGGACACCCGUCCCCGCAAGGGCCAGGACGUGACCGUCCGCCUGAAGGCCACGCUGGAGGAUGGCAGCGUGGUGGAGGAGAACCCUGCCCUCACCUUCACGCUGGGGGACUGCGACGUCUUGCAGGCUCUGGACCUGUGCGUGCAGCUCCUGGAAAUGGGGGAGACGGCUUUGAUCAUGUCAGAUGCAAAGUACUGCUACGGCGCUCAGGGCAGGAGCCCUGACGUCCCACCCAACGCGGCUCUCACCCUGGAGGUGGAGCUGCUGGGGGCUCGGGAUGCGCCGGACCUGGAGCUGCUCAGCGGGAAGGAGAAGAUAGAGCUGGCCAACCGCAAGCGGGAGCGCGGCAACUUCUUCUAUCAGCAGGCAGAUUACGUGCUGGCCAUCAACUCCUACGACAUCGCUCUCAAGGUCAUCGGCUCCAGCUCAAAAGUCGACUUCAGCCCAGACGAGGAGGCUGAGCUGCUGGACGUGAAGGUGAAAUGUCUCAACAACCUGGCAGCCUCUCAGCUUAAAUUGGACCAUUACGAGGCAGCCCUGAAGUCCUGUAACCUUGUCCUGGAGCACCAGCCAGGGAACAUCAAGGCUCUCUUCCGAAAGGGCAAGGUCCUGGCUCAGCAGGGCGAAUAUAGAGAGGCCAUCCCCAUCUUAAAGGCGGCGUUGAAGCUGGAGCCUUCAAACAAGACCAUCCACGCUGAGCUCUCCAAGCUGGUGAAGAAGCACGCAGACCAGAAGAACGUGGAGACGGAGAUGUACAGGAAGAUGCUCGGGAAUCCCAGGGCCGCCGGCACCCCGGGGAAGUGCAAAGACAAGCUGCCCUGGUCCAUCCCCUGGAAGUGGCUCUUCGGCGCAACAGCCAUCGCACUCGGCGGCGUGGCCUUGUCUGUGGUCAUCGCGGCGAGGAACUAAGGAUGGUGGCGGGGCGGCCCUGCGGCACAGGACCUGCACCGGGACGUGCCUCUCUCCUGCCAAGGGGCUUCCCCGGGGCUCUGCUGACCCCUUCCCGCAGACUCGCAGUUGCAGAAACACAGAUGCUUUCUCUGCCGGAGGUGCUGGAUCCCCCUCCUGAUGUCCCCCCGUAUUCCUCCCGGCGCAGGCGGGGCGCGGCUGCGGGGACGGAGCCGCAGGCAGAGCAGAGACCCCCGAGCCCCCUCCCAGGCGGCAGGGGCUCAGCCCCCAGCCCUGAGUGGGUCGGGGGGAGCGGGAGCUCCUGCACACCGAUACACCGUGGCUGUCCCCAGCCCGGUGAGCCCCAGCGGGCGCCGUGGUCCUGCCGACACGGCGGAACGGGCAGGGGGAGGCACGUGGAAGGAAGCCGUGUGGGUACGAACGGGCACGGUGGUUUCUGCGGCUGGCCCAGCUGCGGGAAGGGAAGCGGUGCAGACGUGCCCAGGGGCAUGUGCAGCGAGAUUCCCCACGUCCUGGGGGGCUGCCGGCGGCUCAGCCCUCCCACAGGCACCCGCUCCCCUCCUCAGCACUUCCCCAGAGUGUGCAAUGUCCAAAGGAAGCCAAAGAAACCCACGGCGGGAGGAAUGCGGGAGGGGAGCGCCGGAGACCUCCUCUCCGGGCUGUAUCUUGUAGGUCCGAGCUCUCGGGGGUCCCUCUUUGCCCUGCAGCUCUCCCCAGCCCGGGGCCAUCCCCAGGGCCUGCUGCUGCCCCGGUCUCAGCUCGGCUCGCGGGGAAGGCGGGGGGGUUGUAGCACCAUCCUCCCACCCCAAACCGACUGUGAACUUCC